UCAUAUUUUUAUACUUCGAAUUUUUCAAUUUCAAAAAUUAUUAAAUGAGACAAAAACGCUUAAAAUCAUAUAAAAAAUGGAUGAGAAUAUAUAAAAUAGACUUUGGAUUUAGAGAACCUUAUCAAACAUUAAUUGACGCUGAUUAUUUACAAGAUUCUGUAAAAUACAAAAUGGAUUUAAUAAAAUUACUUGAACGUAUCCUUCAAGGAAAAGUAAAACCAAUGAUUACUCAAUGUUGUAUACAAAAAUUAUAUGAAACUAAACAACAGAAUGUUAUUUCAAUAGCAAAAACUUAUGAAAGGCGACGAUGUAAUCAUAAAGAUAACCCUUUACUUCCUGAAGACUGUAUUUAUAGCAUUGUCAAUAUCAAUGGCAAAAACAAGCAUCGAUAUAUCGUUGCAACACAAUCUAUACAAAUUCGAGCAAAACUAAGAAAUAUUCCUGGUGUUCCACUCUUUUACAUUAACAGAUCAGUCGUUAUUCUUGAACCAUCAUCAUAUUCAACAAUUAAAGCUAAACAAACACUUGAACAAAAUAAACUUGGUCUUAAAAAAGAAGAAAGUGAAAAAAUCCUUGGUACAAAAAGAAAAUUAGAUAACGAUGAUUCUUCUUUGCCAAAGAAAAAACGAAAAGGUCCUAAAGAACCAAAUCCAUUAAGUGUUAAAAAAAAAAAAAUUAAACUAAUUCAAGAAAAACAAAUUUCUUCAAAUUUUUCAACAAAUAUAUUAUCAAAUCAUACUACAACUUUAUUCAAAAAAACAAGACGCCAUUCAAGAGGCAAAUCACAUAAAAAACUAUCUUAAAUCUAUAAAACAUUCAUCAUAAUCAUUUAUUCAAUCAUUCAAUC